AUGAAUCCAAUUCGGCGGUAUUUUAGUCAUCACCAUUACGAUACGAAUCGUAGGCGUGAUUUGUUGUUUACAGAAUUAAAAUAUUCCUAGAUUUAAAUAAUGUUUUCAUUUAAGGCGUUACUGUCAAUUUCAAUAUUAGUAUUAUUAGUGUUCAAUUUAAUAAAUUGUGAUGAAGAAGAAUCUCAGAGAAGAAAUAAAUUCAGAUAUAAGUACAACCAUCCUCCAGCAGCAGAAAAUGCUGAACCUAUUCCUGUAUCCAUAGUGUACGAUAAGGUAGUAGACAGAUCAUCUCGUCAAUACAAAUUACCUAAAGAGACAACGACUACUACACCGGAACUUAAAAGACCAGUAGCUACUACAAAAGAGACACAAACGGAACCUCCUAAAGAAGAACCAACAACAAAAACAGAGGAUACAGAAGAUAUUGCUGUGAAAACUGUAAGUAAAAUCAAACAAGUAGAUCCUAAAAAUAUUGAACAAGAACAACAAAUACCUGUUGCGGUAGUUUAUGAUGAGGAGCAACCAGUGUUAAAUAGUAACAGAGCAAAAUCCGGAGAACGCAGUAGAGCGCGCAAGCAACGCAGAAGACUGUCAAAACCAACUAUUGAUCCAGUGAAGGCAAUUGAGCCCGUUGAAAAUAAAGAUGUCAAAGCCAAAAUUUUACCAAAGCCUGAAAUUGCACCAGUAAAGGAAACUGCCAAAGUGUCUACAACGUCUAAGCCAAGGCAAGCAACAACUAAAAAGACACAAGAUGAAACCUCAAAAACAGUUACGGAAUCUACGCAAAAAAUAAAAAGAAUUCGCGAACGGGAUCCUGUUGUUCCUAUAGUUGAAUCAGAAAAUCGAGUUUAUUCUCAUACUGGGCAAUUUGUUUACAGCUACGAAAGCGGCGACGGCACCAAAGCUUAUAGUACUGGUGAACUGAAAACCGUUGAUAAAGAUAUGGCAGGUGAAGCUGUCGCAGGGGGCUUUUCGUAUAAAGAUAAAGACGGAACGGAUAUCAGUUUGUCGUACACAGCAGAUGAGAAUGGGUAUCGUCCAGUGGGAUCACAUCUGCCAACUCCACCGCCCAUCCCAGCAGCCAUCGCUCGAGCACUCAAAUACCUCGCCACUAAACCUACCCUUGAACCUGUCACAAAAGCCACAGACUCCAACUAAGGAAAGACUCGAACGAUUAAUUUUACAUAAGUACAUGUAACUCACUCUAGCGAGUCUCUUGGGGUACGUAGAGUUAUCUGAAAACAUUUUUGCAACCACUUCUUUACAUCAAGUAGAUACAAUGAACUGAACAUGAAGUGCCAUUAAUUUGGCAUUAUUCAUUUUAAGUAGGUACAAAAUCAUAUUAUUACAGCUUAAACGAAAUUAUAAAGAAAUAUACGUAUUUACGGAUGAAAAUGAAUGCAACUUUAAUUGUUUUACACGUUCAGUUGUACUUAUUAACUUGAGUACUAGGCUGUUAAGCUUUAUUUCUAAGUCAUGCUAAACGGUCGGCAAAGUUGUUUCCUCAGAUACAUGAUGAGGUUGUCUGUCCUUGUCUAUUCUAUUGUUGUGUGCAUUGUCUGUGCGUCUGUCUUCUUCUGUAUCCAGUCGGGUGGGUGCAGUACAUCAUUAGUGGUAUUCUCAUCAGUGACCUUGUGGCGACGCUCACUUGGUAAACAGGUUGUUCGAGGAAUGUCGGUUCAGCUAAGUACCUAUACGUGGAACCACUUUUGCUUUCUGUUGCUUAAAUCUUCAUUUUCAUAGAAACGUGUGUGAGAAUAUCAUGUCCGUAUUUAGGUCGCAAGUCUGAUUUGCUGGAAACAAAUACAUGACAUGAGGAUAUAUCUAUACACCUUAUCGUUUAAGAUAGUUUACUUUAUUACGUUAUAAUAUAUUUGUUUAUUUGUUACCUCUUUAUUGCUUCAAAGUACA